UAGAACGAAUUGAAGCGCGUGAGAAACUUGCUUUUUAUUCUGUUUUUGAUUUAGUUACAAUGCAAGUCUACAGCUGAAUAGAGCAGUGGAAUAUCUUCUUAACACAUAUCGGAUGUUUGAUGAGACGUUCAAGGAAAUUGAUGUUAUUUUGUAAUAUUUUUGAAUUUAUUUACUGCAUGGUCGAGUUGUUAUAAUUAAAUCUCUUUAUCCAGCUUGGUAUGCACUGCUAAUUGCGCUAAUUAUAAUCUGAAGAAAUUGAAUUGACGUUGGAUACUAAAGUUUAUUAACACAGAACAAGCGAAACGGUUUAGACUGUUGAUGCUAAUGUACAAGGCUUUGUUUAUGUGGCAAGAAAUUUACCGUUUACAGAAGUUUUUCAUGACGUAACAGUUAUAUUUUACCAUGCGACGAGGAAGUUACACAUUGAUUUUGCUUUGUUAUUACUUAUGGCGUGUAUCAGGUAUAACUUUAUUCGACAAAAAAGAAUCGUACGCAAUAUUCGAUGUGUGGAAUAUCACCACAGUUGGUCAGUUAGAACUGAAAUUUAAAACGCAGAGUCGAUACUGCUUGUUACUGUAUGUUGACGAUCAUCAUUUUAAACAGUAUGAUGAGCCAACUGAGACAAAAACAGAUGGCAGCUUUUUAGAAGUUACGUUAAUAAAAGGCCAACUCGAAGUAACGCUGCAAAUAUUAAACAAAAAUUAUAAACAAAGCACACGUUUAGGCCACCAUUUAAAUGACCUAGCUUGGCACACGUUAAGACUUACAAAGUUUGUUGGAACCUUACAGGUUAAUGUAGAUGAUGAAACAAAACUUAUUACGUUAUCUAAAAGUAUAGCCGAUAGUUUUUACAUCAACUCGAGACUUUAUAUUGGCGGUUUAUCGAAAACAAAAAUGGAACGCAGCUACGGAAGUGCAAAAGCUAAACCAAGAUUUAUGGGUUGUAUUGAAGAAUUGAAAUAUUCGUCCGGUUCACUAGUAUUAUCACCGGUUGAUCGAUUUCUCAAAGGUGAAAAAUUGGCGCCAAAAUGUCUUAACACGUGCAGUAUUAACCCGUGUCAGAAUUCAGGUUCAUGCAUUAAUUUGUUUAACCGAGCUGGGUGUGACUGUUUUGGAACAGGUUACGAUGGAGAUAGAUGUACCACCCCAACCGACUCGAUCAGUAUGGAUGAGAAAGAUUACAUAAAGUGGAGUUUACCAGAUUCAUAUUCAAGUUUAAACAUGAUGUCAUUACGGCUCCGUUUAAAGUUGGCCCAACCUGAUGGCGUCAUAUUCUACACGAAACGUUCGGGCCGUUUGUUGUUGGUUGAGGUAGUAAAGGGACAAUUGAGAGUAGCGGCUGGACCAUCUACAAAAGUUCCACGUGACAUCAUUUUACAAGGAAACUUAUUCGAUGCAAAAUGGCACUCAAUUACUAUGACGCAAAAAUCAAAUAUUAUCAGGGUUACUGUUGAUAACAAGAAUUCACAAAAUUUGACUGUAGAUUCCGAUAGAGGAGAUCAAAGUGGCGAAAAAGACGAUCCAGUAUACUUUGGGGGGUUAAAACUGCCCAAAUUUACUUUUGAGGUGAAAUCUAAGAAGAACUAUCAAGGUUGUUUGCAACAAUUACAAUAUAAUAAGAUUGAUGUUAUUUACAAAGUGAAGAACACUAUCAACAAAAGAAUAGAGAAAUUCGGCCACGUUAAAAACGGGUGUCUGUUUAAUAAAACUAACAUACCACUGCCGACCACCAAACCAGUGAUAUCUAUUACAUCGAAACAAAGAAUAACAGAAAAAGAAAAAAAUAACCACGUGAUAAAAGAAAUACACACCCGCGAAGGAGGGAUGGACCAAGCAGUAAUAAUAUGGGUGACUGCCACUAUCGUAGUUGGUACUAUUAUCAUUAUGAUCUCCGCCGCAUGUGUCGUGCAUCAUAUACGAAGGAGACACCAACACAGUCCACGUCGGACAAGGUCUAAAGACUCCUCCAUUGACGAUAAAGAAGAGGAUGAGCAAACUGAACUGACUAAUAAAAAUCCAGUAGACACUGCGAGUGAGAACUCUCUCCCGCAUACACCCACAAUGGAAAGAGAAAAACAUGACAACUGUAAGAAAUCUUCAGAAACAGACGAACAGCUGCUUGCUACUAAUAAGAAAGAAAGCGGCGUGUGAACAGUGCACCAAUUUCUGUGAGAUGUUUACACAAAAACAAUACGCAAGCAGCGCGUGCAAGUUCCCGUAAAUAUGCCAAGUCAGUGGCGUCAGAGCACAGAAAGGCGGAACACGUAUCAAAGGACGUAAGAAGUGCCGACCAAGACAAUCCUUCAAAUGUUUCCGUCACUAUAAACAACUAAAACACGUGGUGGAAGAAAGCGUCGAAAACUUGAAAUUCAUGUAGAAUAUUCUAAAUAUAAGAAUUAAUUUAUUCAA